GGUUAAAUGCAUGGAAAUUCAUACACCAGCAUCCACUGCAAGGAAAUGAGCAGGUGCCAGAAGAUUUUCUUCUACACUUACAAGAAGUGAAAAGCCAUGGGCGUGUUUUCUGUUUUUAACGCCAGCGACGUUUCGCAGGCCGGCUCCCUGGAGAAUGGCAGCAACUGGACAACAGCAACCCAGUUCAGCCAGCCAGGCUGGAGGAUUGCUCUGUGGGCCAUCACCUACUCCUUCAUCGUGGUCACAUCCAUCCUUGGCAACGCCACCAUCAUCUGGAUUAUUCUGGCUCACAGGAGGAUGAGGACGGCGACCAAUUACUUCAUCGUUAACUUGGCGCUUUCGGACCUGCUGAUGUCCGCCUUCAACACCAUCUUCAAUUUCAUCUAUGCCAGCCACAAUGUCUGGUACUUUGGUGAGGAAUUCUGCAGGUUUCAGAACUGGUUCCCCAUCACUGCAGUGUUUGUGAGCAUUUACUCCAUGACAGCCGUGGCUGCAGAGAGGUAUGUGGCCAUCAUUCACCCCUUCAAGCCCAGGCUGUCUGCUGGAAGCACCAGAGUCAUCAUUGGGAUCAUCUGGCUGGUGGCAUUUGGGCUUGCCUUCCCUCAGUGCUUCUAUGCUGAGAUCACCAUGGACAAUGGCACCAUGAAAUGCAUCGUGGUCUGGCCGGAUGAUGUGGGAUCCAAGCACCAGCUGGCGUACCACAUCGCCGUGAUCGUGCUGAUUUAUUUACUGCCUUUGAUGGUGAUGUUUGUUGCAUACAGCAUUAUAGGAGUCACUCUGUGGAGCAGCACAGCUCCAGGCAGCCACCUGAACAGAGUCCACUAUGAGCACCAAGUUAAUGCCAAAAAAAAGUUUGUGAAGACCAUGGUGGUAGUGGUGAUCAUUUUUGCUGUCUGCUGGCUGCCCUAUCACAUCUAUUUCAUCCUGGGGAGCUUCAAGGAAGACAUCUACCAGCAGAAAUACAUUCAGCAGGUGUAUCUGGCAGUCUUCCUCCUUGCCAUGAGCUCGACAAUGUACAACCCCAUCAUCUACUGCUGCCUGAACCAGAGGUUUCGCUCUGGAUUCAAGCUGGCCUUCCGGUGGUGUCCCUGCAUAAAAGCAACUGAAAAAGACAAACUUAAACUUAUGUCCCCAUCUCUCUACCAGACAACCCUCAGGAAGUCAAGAACAACAAGUUUCAACACAGAAACUCAGCUGAAUGAGAAAGAGAAGACAUCCUUUACCCUCACCCAAUUAACACUCUGA